AUGCUGAUGCCCCUGAGUGGGCUGCUCUGGUGGUGGUGGUGCUGCUGUGCCUGGUACUGCUGUGGAUUGUGCACCCCAGCUCCCCAGAUGUUGCGCCACCAGGGUCUACUCAAGUGCCGCUGCCGUAUGCUCUUCAAUGACCUGAAGGUUUUCCUCCUGCGGCGCCCCCCUCCAGCGCCCCUGCCCAUGCACGGGGAACCCCAGCCCCCUGGUUUGGCGGCCAACAACAACACCCUUCCGGCUCUGGGUGCCGGGGGGUGGGCAGGCUGGAGGGGCCCUCGAGAAGGGGUGAGCAGGGAGACCCCUCCUCUGCCACCUCCACCACCUUUGCCACCUUCUGUGGAAGAUGACUGGGGUGGCCCAGCCACAGAGCCACCUGUCUCGCUGCUCAGCAGUGCCUCGUCAGAUGACUUCUGUAAAGGGAAGGCUGAGGAUCGCUACUCACUGGGCAGCAGCCUGGACAGUGGCAUGAGGACCCCACUCUGCCGCAUCUGCUUCCAGGGGCCGGAACAGGGGGAGCUGCUGAGCCCCUGCCGCUGCGAUGGCUCCGUCAAGUGCACGCACCAGCCUUGCCUCAUCAAGUGGAUCAGCGAGCGGGGCUGCUGGAGCUGCGAGCUGUGCUACUACAAGUACCACGUAAUCGCCAUCAGCACAAAGAACCCUCUGCAGUGGCAGGCCAUCUCCCUGACAGUCAUCGAGAAGGUCCAGAUUGCAGCUGCCAUCCUGGGUUCCCUCUUCCUCAUCGCCAGCAUCUCUUGGCUCAUCUGGUCGACCUUCAGCCCCUCAGCAAAAUGGCAGCGCCAAGACCUCCUCUUCCAGAUCUGCUAUGGGAUGUAUGGAUUCAUGGACGUGGUGUGCAUAGGCCUCAUCAUCCACGAGGGACCCUCUGUGUACCGCAUCUUCAAACGGUGGCAGGCUGUCAACCAGCAGUGGAAAGUGCUGAACUAUGACAAGGCGAAAGACCUGGAGGAGCAAAAGACAGGAGGCAGGACCAACCCCCGGACCUCCUCGUCCACCCAGGCCAACGCCCCCACCUCAGAAGAGGAGGCUGCGGGCACCCCUGCCCCCGAGGAAGGCCCUGCCCGGGGGGCCGGCCACCCCUCAGGCCCCCUGUCCGAUCACCACUGUGCUUACACCAUCCUGCACAUCUUGAGUCACUUGCGACCUCAUGAACAGCGGACCCCACAGGGCAGCAGCCGUGAGCUGGUCAUGAGGGUCACUACGGUGUGA